AUGUACACUUAUGUCACACAUGGGCUCGACAUACCUGUCUGGUUAUUCAGCCUUCAAUUUAUAAUGAAGACAAACAAUAUAUUGAAUCUCUUGGCGGCGGUGUAUAUAUUGGCGGAAUCAGUGGUGACGGGCCAAAUCGGGACCAAAAGAUUCUGUUCGUCGAGAGAUUACGGCGAUUACUGUGAUUAUGUGCGCCGACCGGGAGAUGAAAGGGAUUACCGGAGCUGUAUAUUCACCUGUACUGGCGAUGGAUGCAACCACUCAUCCCAUCUCUAUAUGUCCACAAUUUAUUUAUUUUCACUCAUUUUAUUUAGUUGUCUCUAUUUUAACACUAAUUUAAUCAAUUAAUUCACUAUUUUUGAUCAACAAUUUUUGUAUAUACAGCGAAAAUGCCUUUAAUUUUUUGAUCACAAUUUAUGGCACAAUAAUGAAUUAAUUUUUUGAUAAAUAAAAUUUUACACUUUUUUAUAUGCAACUAAA